CUCCCUCCCUGGCACAGAGGCGCACGGAAGAGCCUGACGCGUGUGGCUUUCUUUGACACUCUGCACACUCCCGCUGGACCCACAUGGCCACUUACAAAGUCCAAAUCGUCACAGGCGAUGUUCCCUUAGCAAAUACAGUGAACUCAGUGGCCAUCACCCUGGUGGGAACCCAAGGAGAGAGCAGCCAGGAGUGGCUGAACCUUGGUAUCCACAAGAUAACCAACAAGAAGAUCAAGUGUGAUCAUGACCUGGGCCCCAUCGUGUUGGUCCACGUGCAGAAGCAGAGGCUCUAUCUCGAGGAUGCCUGGUUCUGCGACUUCAUCCAGGUGACGGGGCCGGCGGGGGAGAUCUACCGCUUCCCCUGCUACCAGUGGAUCGAGGGGAACACGACCCUGCACCUCAGGGAAGGGAAAGGGAAAAAGUAUUCAGAUGACACAAUUGAGUUUCUCAAAGAGCACCGGCGCCAAGAGCUGCAGAAGAAGCAGCAGAAUUACCAGUGGAAGGAAUAUGCCCCUGGCUGGCCCCGCUGUCUGAACGUGGGCAGUGUUGCAGAGCUGGACUCCAAUGCCAGGUUCUCCAGCAUCCGACUCACCUCCUUUACAGGGAUCCAGAAAUUUGAAAAGAUACGGUUAUCCCUGAAAGGAUUUCUGACCCAGGCACGCUCCUGGAAAAGCCUGGAAGAAAUCCGGACGAUGUUCUCCCGGGUCAACGGGCGAGAGAUCGUCCCAGAGUACGUGGCCGCCCACUGGAAAGAGGACACUUUCUUUGGGUACCAGUUUCUGAAUGGAGUCAACCCGGUGAUGAUCCAGAAAUGCACACAGUUGCCAGCCUACUUCCCUGUGACAGAGGAGAUGGUAGCUGGAGCCCUAGGGGCUGGCACCAGCCUGAAGAGGGAACUACAGGAAGGACACAUCUUCCUGGUGAACUACAAGGACCUAGAAGACAUUCCUACCCACACCAUCCAUGGGCGGCAGCAAUACAUUGCUGCCCCGCUGUGCCUGGUGCACCAGAACCAGGCUGGGGAGCUGCAGCCCAUCGCCAUCCAGCUGAGCCAGACUCCGGGCCCCAAGAGUCCCAUCUUCCUGCCCAGUGACUCCGAGUGGGACUGGAUCCUGGCCAAGACCUGGGUCCGGAACAGCGAGUUCUACAUCCACCAGAUCAUCACCCACCUGCUCAAGACCCAUCUCUUUGCCGAGGUGUUUUCCAUUGCCACCAUUCGGCAGCUGCCCAUGUGCCACCCCUUGUUCAAGCUCCUGCACCCUCACUACCGUUUCACGCUGCACAUCAACACCCUGGCCAGAAGCAUUCUCAUAAACCCAGAAGGCGUCAUCACCAAGGGCUCAGCAAGCUCUCACGAAGGGAUAGUGCUGCUGCUGAGCAAGACCUUGGAGCAGGUGACCUACGACUCUCUCUGCCUUCCUGAUAAUAUCCAGGCCCGAGGGGUCUCCUCCAUCCCCAACUACCUCUACAGAGACGAUGGGCUGAAGAUCUGGGAAGCUAUAAAAAGCUUUGUCUCUGGCAUUGUGGCAUUCUACUACCCGAGCGAUGACGUGGUGCAGGGCGACCCUGAGCUGCAGGCCUGGAUGAACGAGAUUUUCGUUAAUGGGUUCCUGUCCAGAGCGUCUUCUGGCAUCCCCUCCUCCCUGAGGACCGUCGCAGAGCUGUGUCGCUUCCUCACCAUGGUGAUCUUCACCUGCUCAGCCCAGCACGCAUCUGUCAACAACGGGCAGUAUGACAUCGGUGCCUGGGUUCCCAACUACCCCUCAAGCAUGCGGCACCCUCCGCCUGAGGACAAAGGUAGGACCUCGCAGCAGCACUUCCUGGACUGCAUCCCCGAGGUGGACACCUCGGCCACCAUCCAGUCAGCCUUGCUGCUGCUGAGCAGCCGCGUUAAGGACAUGAGGCUCCUGGGCGACUACCGUGAGGAGCACUUCACAGAGCAGGAGCCGAAGCGGCUCAUCAGGGCCUUCCAGCGGGACCUGAGGGAGAUUGCAGAUGACAUCGAGUUGAGGAACCAGAUGGUCGAGCUGCCGUACAACUACAUGAACCCCCAGGAGAUGGAGAACAGCAUCUCCAUCUGACCCAGCCAGGGCCCAGCACCCUGGCCCACCAGAGUCCCAGCCCCGAGGUCCCAUCAGUGACCUCCCAUCUAGCUCCCCAUGGGGAGCAGGGCAUGACUUCCUACCCCCUGCUUCCCAUCACUAACCCCCAAUUUCCCCAGUAGUCCCAGUGCCUUCAUUGCUUAGCCCAGGCUUCUGCAUUGGUGCCCAAGCACCCUUGGUGUGGCUCUGAUCUGCCCCAGUUCUCUCGCUGGGCUCAGGGCAGCCUCUCACCGGUGGACUUGCCUGCUCUCAUCAAUACAACACUCCCUUCUGCUGUCCAGUCUCCUACCUGUGGAGGUACCUGUGUCCCAGUUACACACCAAUCCUCUUGCCAGGUACUAAUCCAUGCCUGGCACUUCCACAAGACUUUUUAACCUCCACUUUUCACUCUGUCUCUCUUCCCAUCAGAGGCAGAAACCUUGAUCACUGAUGACCAGCAGCCAGGUGCUCACCUGGAGCCUUGGUCUGCCAUGAACCUCUUUCAGGGAAUACCCCUCACUGGUCCAGUGUCCCAUGACAUUGCUCAUCACAUCAGGCCGUGGGUGGUCUCUUGAUCUCCAUUCUCUUGUCGUGCCUUUCCCCUGCAUCUUGGGGCCAGAAGAAUCCUACAGCCUGCUGGAGAUCACUUAGAGCAUCUUCCUCAGCUGGGCACAGUCAUCCUCAUGAGGUCCCUGCUGGAAGCUGGCAGUGCCCCAUGUCCACAAGAAGUCCCCUUUCCCCCUCUCAAGAUCCUUUUCAGCCUCAUGUAUGCAUCUCAUCCCCUUGCCCAUCCAUCCUGCAAAGGCUUCUGUCCUGAUACAUUUGCCCCACACAGCCCUUUGGCUCAAAGCGUGGCCCAGUCCUUCCCCAGCCCAAUCUGCACCUGAGGAGAGAAGGUCUCAGGGCAGACCAAGAGGCAAGGACCCAGGGCAGACAGGGAGAAGGUCCCAGGAUGGACAGAGAAAAGGAAAGGUCCCAGCAAGGACAGAGUAAGGUCUGAGUGAGGACAGAGAGACCUGGAGUGGCACACUAAAGACUUCGUUUUGAAGCAGUCUGGUGUGCUUUCGGAGAGGUGGCGGUGCUAUGGAUCACUGGGGAAGCCAAGGAUUGAGAAGAGCCGGGGUCUCAAUCCAGAGGCUGCCCCUUGUGAAGCUGUGCUGGGGCUGGCUGCAGGGGGGUCCUCUCGGGAGAGGGAGACCGAAUAUGGCUGCUUCCUGGGGGGUCGCUAGGAAGAGCUUUUCUGUCCUCUGAAUAGGGGCAGACUGAUCCUUCCUUCCUUUUCUGUGAUGCAGAGCAAUGAGGCCAGUAGGACAGACUGUGCAGGGCAGUGGUAGUAUCACCGGUACUGGAGGUUUUCAAGACGCGGCUGGAUAAGCAUUGGAGAAAAAGGGCAUGAAAAUCAGACUCCUGCAUUCAUGCAGGUGCUGUGCCAGAUGGCCAUUGCUAGCCUUUAUCUGUAUGAAAAAAAUUCUUGGAGCAUAACAUUGCAAUCAAAGCUAUGCAGCAGGGUCCAGCACUGGCAUCUGACCGCAGCGAUUGCAGUCUCUCACUCAGUGAAGUGUCACUUAAUGCUGAAGUUCUGCACACUCGCACCCACGUAUAUCCCCAUCCUUCUCCUGCUUGCGUCUCACCGUAAUUGUUUCCUUAUACCCUGUAUAACCUCCAGUCUUCAGAUUCUUCCAUUCUCGGGGCCAUGCUCCCGAACCACUCUAGUUUUUUUCACUUUGAUGUACAACAAUUGCUUAUAACAGGCCACACCAAAUCUCUUGCCUUUUCCCAUGAGCUUAAACCUGCUUGUCAAGUAUAGUUGUUCCUUUAUUUCCGUGUGAAUGACAAGAAAACCAUGAGCCAAAUCAAUGCUGUCCCCUCCCAUGAUUUAUAAUCAGGUCCCUUGAGGUCCCCAUGUUCCUACUCUGGGAAGUCUUUAAAAAAGGAGUUGUCAAAAGUUUUGAUGGUUCCUUCCAAACCUGUUGCACCCAGGGCAGCCAGCGCCCCAAGGUUUCUGUAUCUCCUGGACAUGACUCCAUCUGUGGAGAAACUCUCUUGUCCUUAGGAUGCAUUCUUUCCUGCAUCUUUGACUGCUGAUUUCCCAUGUCUUCUUCACCGUGCCUUUUCUUUGUAGCAAUUGGGUAGCUGGCCUGAUCUGAGGGUUGCAAAGCUUUAGACCAAAGCCUCUGGUCCAGAUGGCCUGGGACCUGCACAACUUCAUUUAUUUGGUGCUCCAGCACCUUCUGCUAGCAUCCUUCCCGUGUCCCAUGUCAAAUACCUGCCCAUAUUAGCCAGAAGCUUCUGCAUUGCUUUGCCCCUCCACAUAGCACCUCUUAUUGUCCCUCACCUUCCCGAGCGGAGCCCGCUAAAGGAGCAGCCUCUUCCGUUCCCCUUCCCUGACCCUUCCACUUGUAUGGAGAAGGCUUGAAUAUA